GCGAAAUUCAAACGACUCAGUAAUGCGUAUGGAGAUGCAUAAUGCGGUAACGUAAAAGUUAGCUAGUUAGCGAACGCUCGUAGACUAAAUAAACUUACUGCUGUAUGUCAUAGCUUUGGUAUUCAAGACAGCAAGACCCUGAACGAAAAUUUAUCAGACUGCUGAGAUGGACACCCAGCAAAAUGAACGGUGGCAUGAUGGGCACGACACUAAUUUGGUCUAUACGUCUUUAAAUGACAAGGACAUUUCAAAUCCAGUAUUGGUUUCAGAAGCAGUUGCAAUAGACACUCAAGCAGUGUCUUCCACGGUCUCAUCAAAUGUAAUGACAUCAUGGGGCAACCAGUCAACGGAAAAACUACUGCAUUCACCCCGUUUAAGGGUUUCAAAGCACAAGCAGAAGUUUGCUCCAGGCUUUGAAGUCAUUAAUUCACCACCUGUCAAGAAGCCAAGGAGGGGUGCCUCCCUGAAGCACAAGAGCACAGAGGAGAAGGAGCUGGAGUACAUUCAGACUCUUCAGAAGGAGGCUGCGCAGCACCGCAAGAAGAACAAGGCUAGCUACAGGGCUGCCUUGGCUGGCAGUCAGCCAGCAAGGAAGCCAGCAAUGUCCACCACAAUCCCUGUGGAUUUCCACUUCCAUACAGACGAGAGGGUGAAGCAACAUGGACACAGCACCAGCCACGGGGAGCCAGUUCAGUUUGCUUCUCAGCUGCGCAGACACCCUCCUUCUCCUGCAAAGACAAAUCGGGGUUCAACGAUCCCCAAGCCCUUCAACCUGUCUGUUGGCAAAAAGCGCAAACAUGAGGAAUCCACAGUGUAUGUGCCCAUGGCCCAACAGAUAGAGCAGUUCCAGAAACGUACGCCACCCCGUUACCACCUACAAAGUGGGAAAAUGGCAGAGAGAGGUCCAUCCCCACGGAAGACUGGAAAACUGAAGAUCACCAAUCCAAAAACUCCACGGCUGGUGACAAGGCAGAGGAGCCGGCCAGUCUCGGUGAAAAGCAGCGAGGAGAUAGAGGCUGCGGAGCUUGAGAAGAUCCAACAGUAUAAGUUCAAAGCUCUGGAGCUGAACCGAAAGAUCCUGGAAGGUGGCGAGCUGCUAAAGAAGCCGUCGGCAAAGGAAGCAACCCAGCCGGUGGGCUUUCAGCUGGAGGUGGAGCGUCGGCUGCAGGAGCGGCAGGCCGGAAGGGCCCAGGAGGAGCCACAACACCACAGCUUCCAGCCCAGGCCCCUUCCUGCCAGGAUCUUGGAGGAAGUGGUUGGUGUCCCAGAAAAGACCGUUAAAAAUCCCACUGUGCCAGAAUCCCCUGCCUUUACUCUGAAAAACCGGGUGCGUGUGAAGCAGGUGGAGGAAGUGAAACCUGUUCCAUUGAAGGCCAUCCCUGUACCCCACUUCGGCCUGCCCUUCCAGCCCAAACCCGUGGAAAAGGGCCAGGCAGAGGUGUGUCCCUUCUCCUUUGAGUCACGAGAGCGUGAGAGGCAGGCGCUCAAGGAAAAGAGGCUGGAGGAGCUGCGACAGAAAGAGAUUCCCAAGUUCAAAGCCCAGCUUCUCCCUGACUUCAGUGAGGUGUAUCUGCCUGAGAAGAAGGUGGCUGCCCCCACAAAAGUUGAGCCCUUCCGGCUGCUAGCUGACGAGCGAGGAGCUACCAAGAGUGACCGCUGGGGACAAAUGGUUAAGGAUGAGCAGAGACAGCAGGAAGAAGCCACAUCAUUCAGGGCCCGCCCCAACACAGUCACCCACAAGGAGCCUUUCAUGCCAAAGAAAGAAAAUAGCUCAGUCUUUGUGCCUCAGGGCUUCCAGCUGUCGACAGAGCGGCGUGCUCAGGAGCGACAGGAGUACGAAAGGGCACUGUGUGAGAAGGAGGUGCUGUGCGCCCGUAUAGAGGAGGAGCGGAGGAGAGAGAUGGAGAUGAAGGAGAAAGAGGAGGUCACUGAACUCCGACAGCAGCAGAUACACAAAGCACAGCCUGUGCGUCGCUACAAGCCGGUGGAACUGAAGAAGAGUGAGGAAUCCCUCACCAUCCCCCAGUCCCCAAAGUUCUCGGACCGCUUCCGUUUGUGAGCGUGGCCUAACGCCUUGAGGCCUUACCAGACAGAACGCUGGAGUGCCCCUGCAUUGAUGUGAAGGCUCCAAGUUAAAGAUAUAGAUAUUACUGCAGAUUAUAGCCAAUUUGUAUAGUUGUCCUAAUUCAGUAGUAAAAUAGUGUUGUUAGUGGCACAGCUAUAUCUAUGUUUCUUCCUUUACUCAUUCUUUUUUGCAUGUAUGCACUCAUUUGAAUAUCUCACUAUUUUGCCUCACAACUAAUUUCUGCAAUUUCUUUACAUUUCACUCUGAUCUGUCAGUUUUCAUUGUUGUGGACAUUACUUUUUUUCCAGACUUAAUAAAAUAGAUAUCCGUUUAAUGAAGGCACCCUA